UCCCGUUAUGGUCACAUCUCGCACACCCAAAUGACGUACCAAGUCCUAAAGUUUAAAACUUUACAGCUUUAUUACACGUGCACGUGUAAUAUUAAUGUUUUGCACACACAGCCUUUAGGGAAAUGUAUGAUAUGCAUAUGUUGCGCCAAGAGUUUCAUUCAUAUCACGUGGCAACUUUCUGGCUGUUAAACAGUUACUGCAAGAGAGCGCGAGACCUUUGUCACAAUGUCACAACUGUGAACCACACAUGUGUCUCAUACCACACCAGUUGCUAUUAAAAACAUAUCCGGUCAGAAGCAAUGUUGUACAAAUCUCAGGACAAAAUUCUCCUUUUUAUUUUCAUAGUGCUGCUUCAGUUGUUGCGCAGAACUGCUGCGCAGUGUGCGCGCAGUUGCGGUCAGAAGUUGAACACAUGCUCCUGUCAUACAACAUGUGAAUCCUUUAAGGAUUGCUGCGCAGAUUAUAAACACUUUUGUCUUGACAUUAAACCCUACUCUGGAUCUUUGCUUGGAGGAACUGACUUUGAAAUUCUCCACGUUACUUUUGAGCAAAACAUUAACCUGACUUGUAGGUUUAAGUCUGAUAUUUUGACUGAGGGUUAUGUUGAUGUGAACGGCACGGGUCAUUGCAUGUCUCCUAUGCUGUACGAGUCGGGCUGGAUCCCUUUUGAAGUUUCCACCGAUGGAGUCAGCUAUGAUAGAUCAGGGAGGUGGAUGUCAGUUCAUCAUAGUAAGCUGAGCCCUUUUCACAAGAUCAUACUAGGCAAUGCAACGCAGUGGCAAUACUACGGCACCCCUAAUGUGGGUGGAGAUUUGUCCAUGAUAUGGAUACCAUCUCUAAUAAAAGCAAAGACCGUGAACGUCGAACUGUGGGGUUACAAUGAGACUGGAGUGGCGUAUUCCAGUAACUGGGAGGCAGAAUGGAAGUAUCUGUACACCGUGGGCAGAGAUGUGCCCAACAAUGGAGUCUUCAGUUUUACCCCACAGCCCGCAGAAAAGCCCUACUUCCUCUGGGACCUGGGCAGCAUGCGGGUCAGUCCCAGCACCAAACCAGAUGGAGCCCAGGAUGUGAAUGCCUUGUGGACUGUAGCGUAUGCGGUCGCCUGGCAUUUAGAGGAGGCCUUCAGGAAGGACUCGGCAGGCUGGGCUCUGGAGAAAUGUCUCAUUUGGGACCAAGAGGAGAAAGCAAUGCCCAGCUUCCAGACUGAGAUCACCGACUGUCCCUGCACGCUGGCUCAGGCUCGUGCGGACAUCGGGAGAUUCCAUACGGAUUACGGCUGUGAUAUUGAGGCCGGCAGUUUAUGCACUUAUCACCCAGGUGCCAUCCACUGUGUCAGAGCCAUACAGGGCAGUCCUCAAUAUGGAGCCGGUCAGCAGUGUUGCUAUGACGGCACUGGAGCUCAGGUGCUCACAGGGGACUCUAUUGGUGGCAGCACCCCAGAUCGAGGGCAUGAUUGGGGGUCGCCACCGUACAAAAAACCUCCUAGAGUUCCAGCAUUCUCACACUGGAAGUAUGAUGUCAUCAGUUUCUACUACUGCUGUCUGUGGUCAGAUAACUGCGAGUAUUACUUCACACACCGACCGUCUAGUGACUGCAGAACAUACCGUCCUCCAAGAGCGGCUGCUGUUCUCGGUGACCCGCACUUCGUGACAUUCGACGGUGUGACUUUCACCUUCAAUGGGAAAGGGGAGUACCAUCUGGUUCAUUCCUCAACCUAUCAGCUGUCUGUGCAAGGAAGGGCUGAGCCAAUGAAAUCAGAGAGUGGUUCUGUCACUAAUGCAACACGGCUUUGUUCUGUGGCCAUGCGGGAGAAGGACUCUGAUGUCAUCGAGGUGCGGCUCGGAGACAAAGCAGAUGAGCUGCAGGUGUUUAUGAAUCAGCAGGUGCUUACGUUCUCUGAGCAGAAAUGGAUGGACCUUAAAGAUGUUUUUGUUUUUUCCCCCAAACCCUCUAAUGUGACGGUAAUGUUUCCGUCUGGGACGGGGGUUGAGGUCAGAGCAAGUGCAGGGGUCAUGACCCUUACUGUUCUACUGCCCCUUGACUUUCAGAACCACACACAGGGGCUGCUCGGUACAAUGAACAAUGACCCUGAGGAUGAUUUUACGUCCAGUAACGGUGGAAUGAUCCCACUCAACAGCAGUGCAAAGGACAUAUUCACACAUAGUGCUAGCUGGGCCGUUACGAAUGAAACUUCACUGUUCACUUACGACUCAACCCACCUCCUGGAUGAAUAUUAUUACGCCCCAAAGCACGAUCCAUCUUUCAUCCCAGUAUUUUCUGUGGCCGAAGACCCCGAGGACCCCCUGCUGGAGCCGACGCUGCUGAUGUGUUCAGGGCAGGGGGCGGAGUUCUGUAAAUAUGACGCGCUAAUCACACGCAGCCUGGAACAAGGCAAUGCAACACUGCUAUCCUUCCGGAGUCAUACGUCCAUCAAGACUGCUCUGCAAUCUGUGCAAUCCUGUGGUUGGUUAUCACCACCCUACCAUGGCCAGAAGGAUGGAACCUUGUACCUAGAAGGAGCAACGGUCACAUUCUCGUGUCAUGAUGGAUACCGUCUCUAUGGAUCUCAGGAACGCACCUGCGACGGGGACGGAAAAUGGUCCGGACAGGAGACAAGCUGUGUGGCUGAUAAUACUCUGGCCAUUGUGUUGGGCAGUGUUGGUGCGGUGUUGGCGGUGGUUAUAAUGGUGAUAGCAAUCGUUGUUUACACAAAGCAACAAAAGAAAGAGGCAAAGAGACUACAGGACAACAAGGUGACCUAUUACGCAUCAAACCUGUGAUGUUUACGAAAUGCAUUGGAUGUUCAUCUUUCGUACAUUUUGUAAAUAUGUUUUAUUAGACAGGUUAGAAUGGUCAAAUCUUUAGUUUAAAUUGAUACAUUUCAUUUAUGCAUAUUAGACAAUAGUUCAGCUUUAUUCUAGAUGCUAAACACUGACUGAUUUGUCGUCUUGCAACCUGUGGGCUUCAGAUUUGUGUCAACCACACAUGGGAGAUUUUACUACCCUUCUAAAACUUAAAGGCACAAUAUGUAAGAUUUUCGCAUUAAAAACCACCUGCACAGUGUUAUGGUUUGUUCACUUGUGAUCUCAAAUAAUGUUUUCAACCAUGUUAAAUUUCGUUUUAACCAGUGUAACAUGCCUUAUUUCGUCACACGUUGAUGUCAUGUUGUUUUCGCUUUUACUACCUUAGAAACAAUAGUUGUUUGAGGACAUUGAGACCUAAAUGACAUCACAGUAUCAUAAGAGCGAUUCGAAUACAGUACUGUCAAGUCACUCUCGCGAUACUUUGAUGUAAUACAACAAUCGAUUUGCGCAGUUCAAAACAGUUCAAUACAGCUCAUAGCAAUACAGUGAGUCUCAUGAAAAAUGCAUAAUAGUACUUGUAUCGUCUGUUGGCUUACGCUAUAACGUAAUUGUUAUAACACUUUGUCAUCCGUGACCAUAAUUUGAGAGUGCCGUCGGAUUGACCCAUCACCAGUGGAGGUGGAGACAACAAAUCCCAUCAUUACACAUUUCUUCACAGCAUCACCAAGCUACACCUUCGUGACUUCUCGCUGCCAAAAUCUCAUACUGUGCCUUGUAAAACAAUAGGGUAAAUCCUAGUGAAAUUCUUUACCUUGACAUAAUUUUAAGGCGUUUUAAAAUGAUUCAAGAUGGCGGACCGAGCCAAGAGAAAUGCUCUCCGUGGUCUUCAUCCCUUUGUUCAAAUGAAACAUUUGCUUUCUUUUGGUUCUGCUACCAACAAGCAUGUAGUACUCUGUGUUCUUUUCAACACAUUCAAAUCCAUUCUGCAGAUGUUGUCUCGGUCUGCUUAUGAUGCAUAUUCCCUUAGAAGGUCGCUGCCUAUGUAAACAGCAGCAGAAUGCAUGGCAGCGCAUCAAGUUUUGAGCAAUUCUUUUCGUUUUGCAGGUCUUUAUAUUUCAAUACUGACAUUUUGUACAAAAUUUCUGUUGUAUUAUUCUAUCUACAUUAAUAAAUUAAU